AGGUGUACCAGGAAAUGGGAAAAUUGAUGUCCAUUAACGAGGAUAGCAGCAGGACGGUUGUCAAGCCGAGGGGCUGCGGGCGUGCAUGAGGACUUUUCCCCCGUAGAGGCGACAAAGUCCACGCAGUGUUGAGCAGCCAUGUCGCCAUCAAUACAACUCCAGGAGAUGAUCCGGGCCAUCAGGUCGGCCAGGACCCAGUGUGAGGAGCGGGGUGUCAUCCAGAGGGAGUGCGCCGCCAUCCGGGCCCAGUUCCGCCAAUCUGACGGCGACAGUCGAUCCCACAACCUGGCCAAGCUUCUCUACGUGCACAUGCUGGGCUACCCCGCGCACUUUGGCCAGAUGGAGUGUGUGCGGAUGAUAGCCAGCCCUCGCUACAGUGAGAAGCGCGUGGGCUACUUGGGCGCCAUGAUGCUGCUGGACGAGAAGCAGGACGCCUGUCUGCUCAUCACCAACUCCAUCAAGAAUGACCUGUCACACAGCAGCCAGUACGUGCAGUCUCUGGCUCUGUGCACGCUCGCCUGUAUCGGCUCAGCUGAGAUGUGCAGAGAUCUGGCGCCGGAGAUCGACAGGCUGCUGCGAGCCUCCAACUCCUACAUUAAGAAGAAGGCUGCUCUGUGCGCGAUACACAUCGUGAGAAAAGUUCCCGAUCUCGGGGAGCUUUUCGCCCCGACGGCCCGCGCCCUCCUGGUGGAAAAGCACCACGGUGUGCUCCAUGGCGCCGUAGUGCUCAUCACGGAGCUGUGCGUGUGCAAUCCAGAGACACUGGAGCGCUUCAGAAAGGCGGUGCCAGAUCUGGUUCGGAUCAUGAAAAGCUUGGUCACCUCCGGGUAUUCUCCAGAGCACGAUGUGGCUGGGAUCAGCGACCCUUUCCUGCAGGUACGCAUCUUGAGACUGCUGAGAAUCCUCGGUCGCCACAACGAGGCAGCGAGUGACGCCAUGAACGACCUCCUGGCUCAGGUCGCGACCAACACGGACAGCACCAAGACCGUGGGCAACGCCGUGCUGUAUGAGACCGUUCUUACGGUGCUGGACAUCAAGUCGGAGAGCGGCCUCAGGGUCCUGGCUGUGAACAUCUUGGGACGCUUCCUCCUGAACAACGACAGAAACAUUAGGUACAUCGCCAUGAACUCACUGCAGAAGAUAGUCGGGACAGACAACAUAGCCGUGCAGCGGCACAGAGGAACCAUCGUGGACUGCAUGAAAGACGCCGACGCCUCUGUCAAACGCCGCGCUUUAGAUCUCUCCUUGGCCUUGGUGUCCGCCAGCAACAUCCGCUCCAUGAUGAAGGAGCUACUCGUCUUCCUCUCCUCCUGCCCGCCCGAACUCCGUGCCGAAGCGGCCAGCGGGAUAUUCCACGCCGCGGAGAGGUAUGCACCCUCCCAGCGUUGGCACAUUGACACCAUCCUGCAUGUCCUCACCACGGCGGGAGGUGACGUGAGGGAUGAAACCGUCCCCAACUUGAUCCAGCUCAUCACCACCGCCUCUGACCUUCACUGCUACACCGUGCACAAGCUCUACCGGGCGCUCUUCACAGACAUCUCUCAGCACCCCCUGGUGCAGGUGGCGUGCUGGUGCAUAGGCGAGUACGGCGACCUGCUGCUGAAAGGAGAGUGCCAGGAGAUGGAGCCUGUUGAGGUGACCGAGGACAGCGUGCUGGACGCCCUGGAAACGGUUUUGCAGUCGCACAUGUCCACCCCGGUGACCAGAGGCUUCGCUCUCACCGCCACAAUGAAACUGAGCACCCGCAUCACAGAGAACGUGGACCGCAUCCGGAGCAUCGUGAGUAUUUACGGCAGCUGCAUUGACGUGGAGCUCCAGCAGAGGGCGGUGGAGUACAACGCCCUCUUCCAAAAAUAUGACCACAUGAGGGCGGCGGUGUUGGAGAGGAUGCCUCUGUUCGAGAAGAACUCCCCGGGUCACACCAACGGAGACGCCGUCAAAGAGGUGAAGCAGAGGGAGGUCUCACUCCCGCCACAAGCGGCGAACCAGGUGUGUAACCUCUUGGACCUGCUGGGGGACACCGGGGAGCCAGUUCAGCCCGGUCCAGCUCAGGGCAGCGCAGCACCCGGCCUGUCCGUCAACACAGCAAGACCUGCCGGGGAGGACCUCCUGGACCUGUUGGGGGGCUUUGAACCACCAACCCCACCGACCGCAGCCCCCACCACCACCACCACCACCACCACCACCGUGUACCAGAAGAACGGCGUGACGUUGACGCUGAGCUGCGAGAAACAGUCGGACGCCAACCUGACCGUCACGCUCACCGCCUCCAACUCCUCCGACUCGGACAUCUCCAGCUUCGCACUCCAGGCCGCCGUUCCCAAGAGCGUCCACUUACUCAUGAAGGCCCCCAGUGGAGAUCUACUUCCUGCACGAGGCGCAGCUCGGAUCACCCAGCUGGUCGUCCUCAACAACCCCAACAAGGUCAACCUGAAGAUGAGGAUAAGGAUGUCUUACUCCAGCCAAGGAACUACCACUCAGGACAUGAUCCAGAUCGACUCCUUCCCCGGACUGACCUGACCAGCCGCUUGGUAGUGUGCGAGCACCACACCUUUUAUAGUGUUGUCUCCUUGGCAACAAAUGAAGUAUUCCCACUCUCCAUACAAGGUGUCACAUUCAGGGGUUGUAGCGGGUAUUUACUUCCAAUUUGUCCUUCUGAGCGGGCGUGAAACACUCCUGAUGCUCCACUCCUCACUGCUCCUGUGCCUUCCUUUUGUGUGACCAUGCAAUCAGACCCUUUUUAAGCUCUUUUUAUGGAACCUCAUUUGGCUUUUUAUUACAAAAGCCUUUUUUGGACAAUUAAUUUUUUUAAAUUUCGUAAAAAUUCCAUUUAAUUUUUCAUUGCGU